UCAGUGCGUCUCUUACAGUCAUUUUGGUAAUGGAUCUAAGAGAUCUUUUUUGUACAAAAUGAGAUAUUGAUAAUAAUGAUCGUCUCAAGAAAUAAAUGGUUAACAUUUUUAAGGAAAUAUUUAAUAAUUUGUUUGCAUUAAUCUUUGUUUCAGAAUUAGGAAAUCCAAGAGGGAAUGAAAAUCCGUUUCUUUUGACAUUUGGAAUAAUUUGGUUCAGAUGGCACAACUAUAUUGCAAGAUUUAUAAAGAGUCAACAUGGAAAUUGGACAAGUGAAAAAAUUUACAAUGAAGCUCGUAAAUGGGUAAUUGCGACGCAACAGCAUAUAAUUACCAAUGAAUGGAUAAAAGAGUGGCUAGGAGAGAAAUUACCACCAUACGAACGCUAUGAUCCUAAUAUCGACCCACAAAUAGAUCAGUUUUUUCAAGCUGCUGCCUUCCGUUAUGGCCACACUUUAGUACCAGCUGGUGUUUAUUUACGAAAUUAUACAAAAAAUAAAUGUAAGUUAGAACUUAAUGCGCGAGCUAUUAGAACAUGCAACAAUUACUGGAUGCCAAAGAAUUCUUUGUUCCAAGAUGAAUCAAAAUUAAAUAUUAAUCUCAAUAUCGAUGAGUUAAUAAUGGGGAUGGCUGUACAAUUAUGCGAAAAAGAAGAUCAUAAAAUAGUAGAAGAUUUACGUGGUCAUUUAUUUGGACCACUUGAAUUUUCAAGAAGAGAUUUAAUGGCUCUCAAUAUACAAAGAGGUAGAGAUCAUGGAUUACCUGAUUAUAAUACUGUACGAGAUGCAUAUAAUUUAAGUAGAAUUGAAAGCAUGGAACAUUUUAAAACUUUGACAUCGCAUAAGAUUGACCCACAGAUUGACAAAUUAUCUAAAUUAUACAAUAACUCUGUCGACAAUAUUGACCUUUGGGUCGGUGGAAUAUUAGAAACUCGUGAUAAUCCUGGAGAAUUAUUUAAAAAAAUUAUCAUCGAUCAAUUUGUGCGUAUACGCGCAGGAGAUAGAUUCUGGUAUAAGAAUGACAAAAAUGGAUUAUUUACAAAAAGUGAAAUAGAUAGAUUAGAAAAUUUAUCAUUCUAUGAUAUGUUGAUAUCUAUAACCGAUAUGGAUUACGAUGAUAUUCCAGAAAAUCCUUUUUUAAUUCCUGCCGAUGAUAAUAAUAUAAGCCAAGCCUGUAAAGAUGAAUUGAGAAAUGAUUGUUGUAAAUUGACAACAGAAGAAAAUAACGCUAACGAAAACAAGUGUUAUUGUGCUAAAUCGAUUAAUAUAAAGAACGUUGAAAAAUGUACAAAUUUAAAAACCUAUGAUUACUUUAACAAUAGCGAAAUAUCUUUUAUAGUUACAUUUACGGGAUUAACUGGAAUUUUCUUUGGAAUAGUUAUAUUUCUUCUUUACAAGUUACACUUUAAGCAAAAGAAACAAACAAAAUAUCGUAUGACACUUCUUGUGAAAGAAAAUAAAAAGCCGAUAUAUGCGGCUACCGAAUGGCAGGGCCGAAGAUUAGAAGCAAAACUUGUAAUUGUUAUUUUCAAUCAAGAAAAAAAGCUACUUGAAUUACAAAAUCUUUUUGGAAAAAUAACGAGGAUCAUUGACUUUGAGCAUGAUAACGUGGUAAAAAUAUAUAUUCCAUCCGACAGCAAUCAUAUUAUGAUUAGAGUUGAACAAAAUUAUGAUUUAGUACUCAAAUUUGAUUCAUCUUACUCAAAAAUUUUAUUUCUCAAAGCAUUUGAACAAUUUAUUUUGAAUAUUUCUAGAAAAAAUUUGGAAAAGAUUACAAAUAUUAAUAGUGCGAAAAUGUUGAAGGAAGCAAUUACGAAGAAAGAUCGUCAAGAUAAAUUAGAAAAAUUUUUUCGUAUUGUCUUUGCACAGGCAUUUCAUAUAGUACAUACCGAAGAUAAAAUAAUGCAAAUAAAUUCGGAAAUUGCAAAAGAAGUGAUUUAUACGGAAUUGACUAUUACCGAAUUUGCAGAAUCAUUGAGUAUGCGACCGGAUGCAGAAUUCGUUAAAAAGAUAUUUAAUUUGGUCGAUAAAGAUAAAAAUGGUUUUAUAUCCUUUCGUGAAUUUGUUGAUAUGUUGGUAAUAUUCCUCAAAGGUAAUGCCGAAGAAAAGAUGAAAUUUAUGUUUGAUAUGUAUGAUAUAAAUGGUACAGGAAGACUUACAAAAGAAGAUUUUAUGAUUAUGUUAAGAUCCUUUUUAGAAACUGUCAAUACUGAUGUAACGAAUAAUGAAUUAGAAAAUCUUAUUCAUUCAAUGAUGAACCAAGUUAAUUUAGCUUCUAAAAAAACUAUUAAUUUAAUGGAUUUUAAACAUCUAUUUAGCGAAUUUAAUGAUAAACUUAAUUAUAUAGAAUUAGAAUUUAACGUUAAUUCUGAUGGAAAAACAAGGAAGUUACAUGCAGGUGCUGGAACUAUCAAAUCAUCGUUUAUAGGAGAAGUACAAAAAACAAUGGAUACUUUGUAUAGUGAUCUGGAUGACUUGGAAUCAAGAGUUGAGGGUAAAAUUACAGAAAAAAAUAUGAAUUGGAAAACUGAUAAAGAAGCAAUCGAUAAUCAAAAGAUCGUAGAUGAUACCAAUGAAUAUAAAGGUAUUUAUUGGUAUCCGAUAAUGAAAUAUCUUGCUAAUAAACGAUUAAAAAUAUUUUGGAUGUCACUCUACACUGAGAUCUUACUUUUAAUAUUUAUAGAACGUGCAUACUAUUAUUCAAUAGAACGAGAACAUACAGGUUUGAGGCAAAUUUUAGGGUAUGGUUUGGCACUUACAAGAGGGGCAGCAUCAGCUAUGAUGUUUACAUAUUCAUCACUUUUGAUUAUGACAUGUCAUAACAUCAACACUUUACUGAGAGAUACAAUUUUACAAUAUUAUAUUCCUUUUGAUUCUAUGAUUGACAUGCAUAGAUAUAUUGCAUAUUGGGCUUUAGUAUUUACCGUAUUACACGUUAUUGGACACGGUUUCAAUUUCUAUCACAUCGCAACGCAAACAGCCGAUGAUCUGACAUGUUUGUUCCCUAAUUAUUUUCAUUCAACCGACGAACUUCCAAAAUUCUAUUAUUGGAUGUUUCAAACAUUAACAGGCAUAACUGGUGUAUUGUUGACUAUACAGACUGGUAUAAUAUUUUUUUUUUCAUUGCCUAUUGUAAGAAGAAGACUUUAUAAUUAUUUUUCCUACACUCAUUCUUUAUAUCCAGUCUUUUAUAUCCUUAUGAUUCUACAUGGUACAGGAAGAUUAAUUCAAGAGCCAUAUUUUCAUUAUUUCUUGUUGGGUCCAGCAAUAUUAUUUAUCCUAGACAAAAUAAUUACAAUGACAAGAAAAACGAUAGAAAUACCAAUAUUAAAAGCAGACAUUCUACCUUCAGAUGUAACAUGCAUAACUUUUGCAAAACCUCAAAAUUUUCAAUACAAAUGUGGACAAUGGAUAAGAAUUGCGUGUCCAGAAUUAGGAACAAACGAAUUUCAUCCAUUUACUCUUUCUUCUGCGCCUCAUGAACAUAACUUAACGACACAUAUCAGAGCAGUUGGACCGUGGACUAAAAAUAUUAGAAGUACAUUAGAGCUUUCGAUAUUGGUUAAUAAAAUGUUACCAAAGAUUCAUAUAGAUGGGCCAUAUGGCGAAGCCCAUCAAGAUUGGAAUAAAUAUCAUGUGGCGAUAAUGGUGGGAGCUGGAAUAGGCGUAACACCUUUCGCAUCUAUAUUAAAAGAUAUAGUUUUUAAAUGUAAUCACAAUUUUGCUUUAGGUUGCAGAAAGGUAUAUUUUAUAUGGGUAACAAGAACACAAAAACAAUUUGAAUGGAUGGUCGACAUACUUAGAGAACUAGAAAAAUCUGAUAUAAACAAUUCUGUAUCUGCACACAUUUUUAUUACUCAAUUCUAUCAAAAAUUUGAUUUGCGUACCAUCUUAUUGUAUAUAUGCGAACGUCACUUUCAAAGAAUAUACAACAAGUCUCUUUUUACUGGUUUAAUGGCAAUCACACAUUUUGGAAAACCUAAGUUUUAUCAGUUUUUUAAAUCAAUUCAAAAAUUACAUCCUAAUGUUAAUAAAAUUGGUGUAUUUAGUUGUGGUUCGCCAUCAGUUAUUCAUUCAAUCGAUAUGGCUUGUAAAGCACUUAAUUUAAAAAAAUGUAAUAACACGUUGUUUCAACAUAAAUAUAAAAGUUUUUAAAUCUUUUUAAUAUAUAU